AUCCCUAUUUUUGCUCGCAUGGAUUCAUGUAAUUGGGGGACAUAUCUCUUAAGUUUUUAUUAAAAAAUCAAUUAAAAUGUUGUAUUUACGUAAAACCCAAGAGCUGACCAUAAGGAAUCUGGCUGCACGUUUCCUGGCCGGUACUCGCAACUAUAGUCGAGAUUACGACUCAUCAGACGAUGAAAAAGAACCCAAGAAAUCCAAAGCUAAAAAAGAGAAGUCCCCCACGACGCCAGCUGCCGAAGAGUCCGCAUCGUCCAAGCUGAACCGUUUGUUGGCUUCCAUGCAAACCGAGGAUCACAUGAAUUUGAAUAAAAACUAUGAUGUUGUUCCCAAACCUGGUGAUGCCAAUAAGAAAAAGAAACAACAAGUUAAGCAACAAGCUGAGUCUAAGGAUAUUUUUACAGCAGCUAAGCGUGUAGCUUCGCUGUUGGGGGAGGAGAAUAAACAAAAAACCGAAUCGGAAUUAUUGGCUAAGCUGUUGGGAGGAAAGCCUGCGGCAGCAUCUGGUGCAGAGGGCGAAAAAUCAUCUGAAUCCGAUGUAAGCUUGAGCGACUUGAUUGUGGGCAUGAAAAUCGAUCGUCGCCAGAAUCAAAAGGAAUCCGCGCCUACACGCAGUGAAUAUGUUCGUCGUUCCAUUGCCGCCAAGGGUAGUCAAAAACAGCAGUAUCGCAAAGAUGGAGGUAGUUCGAAGGAUAAGCGCCCUGCCCAGCGUCCUCGAGAAGCCGCCACCUACACUGGAAGUGUUAAUCUGUUUGGUGGAGAACCUUUGGGUAUCUUUACUGAUCCCGCACAACUUAAGGAAUCUGCAGAUCUUUUGCCCACUUGGUCGUAUUUGCAAGAACAAUCACUGAAACUGCAAGUAAGCCAUCCACCCAAUAAUUAUUUCGAUAAAUUGGCCUUGUGGACGGAGCAGGGUAAAGUGUGGCGUUUCCCCAUAGACAAUGAACAAGAUUGGUCGGCGGAAAAGGAUGUGGACUUUUCGGAACACAUCUUUUUGGAGCAGCAUUUAGAGGGAUGGUGUCCCACACGUGGUCCCAUACGCCAUUUCAUGGAGUUGGUAUGUGUGGGUCUGUCCAAGAAUCCCUAUCUAACGGCCCAAGAAAAGAAGGAUCACAUUUUGUGGUAUCGUGAUUAUUUCGAAACGAAAAAGUAUAUUUUGAAGGAUAUAAUAGCUGAAGAUGCUAAAGCAUCAGCUGUUAAGGAUACCAAACAGGUUGAGGCGUAAUUGUUGAGUAAAAUGUAUUUGUUUUUUG